CCUGACUUCCGGGUCGCGGUGUUUGCAGGGAGCUCUCCGCGAACAGGGUCGUUUCCGUUGCCGGCUGUUUGCAGUUGGGGAAACCGAGGCAGCUUCUGCUUUCCCCUUAGUUCUUCCGCUCCUGAGAGGAAAAGAUGUUUAUUUCUCUGUGGGAGUUCUUCUAUGGGCACUUUUUUCGUUUUUGGAUGAAAUGGCUCUUACGACAGAUGACUGGAAAAUGUGAAUUGCAGCGCAUUUUUGAUACCUAUGUAGGUGCACAGAGGACACACAGGAUUGAAAAUUCCUUGACAUAUUCCAAGAAUAAGGUUUUACAGAAAGCAACACGAGUUGUUGAGGAUGAAGUGGACAAAUGUGUUGAAGGUAUAAUGAAGGAGAAGAAUAUUAACCCUGAGAAGGAUGUCAGUUUUAAAAUCUGCAUGAGAGCGUGCUUACUGCAGAUAGCUGGCUAUAAACAGCUCUUCUUGGAUGUAGAAAGUGUGAGGAAGAGGCCAUAUGAUUCUGAUAAUGCACAACAUGAAAAGCUGCUCCUGAAGCUUUGGAAUCUUCUGAUGCCCACGAAAAAGCUGAAAGCAAGAAUCUCCAAGCAGUGGGCUGACAUUGGUUUCCAGGGUGAUGAUCCCAAAACAGACUUCAGAGGCAUGGGCAUACUCGGAUUAAUCAACCUUGUAUAUUUCAGUGAAAAUUAUACCAGUGAAGCCCAUCAGAUUCUGUCCCGCUCAAAUCAUCCAAAAUUAGGGUAUUCUUAUGCAAUAGUUGGGAUCAAUCUCACAGAGAUGGCUUACAGCUUGCUGAAGAGUGAGGCGCUGAAGUUCCACCUCUACAACUUUGUUCCAGGCAUGCCCACACUGGAACACUUUCAUCAGUUUUACUGUUAUCUUGUCUAUGAAUUUGACAAGUUUUGGUUUGAAGAAGAACCAGAAAGCAUUAUGUAUUUCAACCUGUAUAGAGAGAAGUUUCACGAAAAGAUUAAAGGACUGUUAAUGGAUUGCAAUGCAGCACUUACUUUAAAAAUAUGAACCAUUCAUAGUAUCUUCUAUUUCUACCACAUUUUGCACACACAACAGAAUUUAUAUGUUGUAAUAGAAAUUAUUUGAUCAAUUACACUCUUACGUAUAAUUUCCUACAAAAUACUUCAGAAAUUCUAUUUAAGAAAGCUAGUGGACAAUCAGUGUAUGUUUACAAUUGUUUAUACACUGUUCUCCAAAGGUACCUUAUCCUUCCAAAGACCCCCUCUGUAGAGUCCUGUGAACUUCAGUUUGGAACUUGGAACUUAACCUGUUAGUGUAGAAGUAUAAAUCAGGUAUUAAUGUUAAAUUGGUU